UCGAUGGCGGUAGUGUGGUCGUCCGUCCGUUCGUCCCCGUGUUUCUCUCCCGGAUUACGCGUGUAGAUAGUGCAACUGGUGUGUCCGCGGAUUCGGAUUACUGCGGGAGCUUAUCAUCUCCUCUUUCGGCUCACCUGUUUUUCCUACUACCACCUUAUCACGCGGCGUGUAGGGCGGAGUAGUCUUUUCUUGUGAUCUGGUUAAUGAUAGUGCCGCCAUAUAGUGCGUGAGUAGGUGACAUGUUACCGGUGUCUUGAGUGCGUUCGCGAGAGAAAACGUGGAAAAUUCAGUUCCUGCAAUCACCGCUCAUAUAUAUACACACGGAGCAGGAAGAAACCAUUCCCCAUCAUGGAUACGUAUGUGAAAAAUCUGCUCAACGGAUGGAAUAUGCCGGAGUUGAUAAAAGUGUUUCAAGAGGAGGAAGUCGAUGAGGCCGCGUUCAAGUGUCUGAAGUACGAUAUGAUUAAAGAGAUCAUACCCCGCAUCGGGAAGCGGGCCAAGUUUCUGCAGCGAUACGAGGAGUACAAGGAGAAUCUUACAGAACGGCCAGCUUUCGCCGAGUUGCAGCUGGACGAGAAGGAUCGCUUCUCACCCUCGAAUUCGACGCAAAAGCCAAGCCGCAUCGACUGGGGACGCAUCGAGAAGGUGUGCGGCCCGGUACCGAUUUAUUUGAAAAAUUUGCUCAAAAUGUGUGGCUACGAGGCUGAGAGCAGCUUACGGAAUCUGAACGAUGACGAUUUCAUCGAUAUGGAGCGGUUCGCGCGCGAAGAGCUGAUCCAUCUGGUACCGGCCACACAGUUCUAUUUCCACAUCUUCUGCAGUGAUCCUGCGCGAGAGUUCCGUAUUGUGCCAGGCCACCGGAAGCUGCUGCUACAGAUCAGUGCCUACCUGAACUAUACCAAGGUGGCGAACGAGAUCCAGCGGCCCGAACCUCCAACCAACCAUCAACGGAUACCUGCGGCGGAACUGUCGUUGCAGCAGCGCGAACGGGAACGGGAACAUCGACUGUUGCAGCAGCAGCAACAGCAGCAACAGCAGCACCACCAGCAGCAACAACAGCAGCAACAUCAGCAACAACAGCAACAAGUUCAACAACAGCAGGCAGCGGCAGCGGCAGUAGCCGCAGCAGCUGCAGUCGCACAACAAGCACAACAACAGCAGCAGGCUCAGCAACUUUUGCAGCAACAGCAGCUACUGCAGGAGGUGGUUCGGUUGCAUCAACAACCGCUGAACGACAUACAGGAACACAUGCUUACCGAGAUCAAGAUGUCGCACAAGAACUCACCGCUGGCGUUCGAGCAGGCCACCGUCUUUCCGCCGCUCAGCGACGAGGAGCGCAUCAAAAAGAUACAGGGCUGCAUCGUGAAGCUGAUCGACAUGUGGAGCGAGAAGCAACCGAUCCGACUACAGGUGACGGAAGAGAUGAUAAACGUGACUUACGAAACGAACGGCUACAACGCAUUCAUCAAGUGCCCAAUGUGCGCCGUACAGAUCAAGGUGUCGAAGCUGCCGACAAAGAAGGGCGACCGAUUCGUGAUCUCCAACUUCUCGAAGCACAUCAUCAAGAUGCACUUUUCCCAGCUCGUCGAAGCCAAUGGAGGAAUGGGGGGUGGUGGUGGCGUUGGUGGAUUAGCGGGAACCGGAGAACGGAAGCAUAAUCUGGACAACUCGUCCGGUGGGUACUAUGCCGGUGACAAUUCGGACAGCAAUAACACGUACUCGUUCGAAGAUUACGGUUCCGUAAAGCGCCAGAAGCUUACCGAUGAUGAGGAAGAUGAUAUGGAUUCGAUGCCACCGCAAUUGCUGCAUCCUUAUGUGAGCAUCAAGGACGAAAUUAUCGAUUUGGAUGCGUAGCAGCGAAGGAGGAGAGUAGAAGAGGUAGAAGAUUGUAUUUCGAAGUACUUUUAGGAAAACCUGUUUCAUUCCGCGACCAAAACUGUGCCCGAAUACAAACCGUAUAUUGCUCAAAGCGCACAAGGGACGCCACCGCCAAAUAGCUAGAUAGAGAGAAAGAGAUACGAAAGCCGUAGGCCUUAAACGAUGCGUUGCGUUAAAAAAAGAAUCCAUUCCUCAAACGAACCAAAAAGACUCUUGUUAGGUAGUAAUCUAUGAAAUGCGCCGUGCGUUUGGAUGACCUGAUGGUGUGAGGAAAUCUAAGACUUGUUGUGUGUGGCUGAUAGGUGUAGUUGAACUGUUUUUAGGUAGGAUGUAACGAGCAGUUUGUAAUGAUCGGCUGCGAUAGUUAAUUUAUAUUCUUUACAAAAUAAAAUGGGUCGUUAGUCUAA